AUGAUGAAAAAAGCCACCGACCAGCCGCUACCCGACGACCACGACAACGACGUCCCGCCGCCGCCCUACGCCGCCCCGCCCUACACCGCAACCGACCGGCCUCCCCCGCCCUCCGCCGACGCCGACCCUCUCGUCGAGCCGACCAUCUUCCUCCUCGCCGGGCAGUGCGUGCACGCCGAGACGAGCCGCUCCCCCGCGGCAUACCAGCUCUCGCGCGCCGUCGCGACGCUGACCCCAGCGACAGAAAAAGUCACGUUUGAGCGCCUCGACAGCACCAGCAGCUCGCAGCGGCCGCGCCCGCGACACCUGUACGACCUGCGGCACAGCCCCAAGCUGCCGCGCAUCGGCUUCGCGCGCGCGGACGCGCCGCCCGCGUACUACAUCCACGCGCAGUCGCCGCGGCGCGCGCUCGGCCACGUCGGGCUGGCGCGGCACGGCAGCGGCGGCGGCUUGCGCGCCCUGCCCGUGCUCCUGACGACGAGUCGCGCGCGGUUCGCCGAGGACGCGCCGCCCGUGUUUGCGCUGACGCGGAGCGGCGGUCGCGCGCGCUGGGUCGCCGGGGACGGCAGCGACGAGACGCUCGCGAUUGAGGACGCGGCGGACGACCAGCGCAGGCUGAUCCUGAUGAAGAGCUUGCGCCGCAAAGAGGUCGAUGCCCUGGUCGCGCUGUGGUGCUGCAGUAUCUGGCAGGAGGCGGCUGACAGGGCAGAGGAGGCGAGCAAGGAGAUGAAAGGCAGUAAGUCGAGUGGUUGUGAGGUCGUGGACGGGUUGUUGCUGACGCUGGGCUAG